AACAAACGUCUUUUCAACAAAUUCCCACACUGCAACAAUCAACAAUUCAUUUUGAUUUCACCCCUUUUUCUUUUGGAUUAACAACGGGUUGGGGUUGUGUUGUGUGGUCUAAUAAAAAAGAAAAAAGUUGGGAGGAGAAAGAAUUAGAAUUCCCAGAGGUGGCAGGCGGCAGCACUGUGUGCACAGUAACAGCAGCAGCAGCAGCAGCAGCAGCAGCCAACACCACAGCACCAUAAAAUAAAAACACUUCUGCCAUUUUCGAUUUCCGAGCUUACCACCACCACCAUCUCCCUCUCUCUUUCUCUCUCUUCUGUAUAAUAGGCGCUUCUCCCAUCACUAUUACAGAAAUAAUACACACUGAUUCUAGUAUAUCUUUUGAGAUCCAUCUAUUUCUCUGUGUUCAUUGUGGGUUUCUGUUUUUUACUGGGACGACAUAGAAAACCGAUUCUUGACAUGUCCACAGUCUCAUUCUCUUCUUUUCUUUUUAACUCUUGCGGAUGUUUAAAGACCCCUUAGGUGCCUUGAGAACCAACUGGCUCUCUUCUUCUUCGUUUUUUUUUUUUGGAGAGAGAAGUAAAUAGAGAGAGAGCCUCCUCUUUCAUAUGUUCUCUCUCUUCUAGUAGUGCUUUGAGAGCCCUUUUUUUUAAAAAAAUAAAAAAAAAAGUUUUAGGCUGUUCUCGUCUUCCACUUGUGUAAUUCUUGGAGACCCUUUUGUUGAAAUUCGGUUUCUUUUCGGUAUUUAAGGGCGAAGCACAGAGAAUCUGCGAGAACAUUAGGCACCAGCUGCAGCAAGCUUCUUCAAGUAUUGAGGGCAGGCUAAAAGUUGAGUGUAUCUGGUAACUUACUGUAUGGCAAGGCAAAAAAGCUGGGAAAUUCCACAGUAAUCCAGUGCCAAAAAAGGGAUGAAUUUUGUUGCUUUCUGUGAAAAUCAGGAGUUUUGCGUGGUUGAUUUCACCUUCCAUUAGGUGAAAGUUUGGAGCUUUUUAGCGUGAAUAAUUAUAAUAAUUCAAAGGAGGGGUUUACUGCUUCUCUUCCAAGUGGUACUCAAGGGUGGUUUCUUGUGUGGGAAAAGAGAGAAAGAAGGAAAAAAAACAGACCUAUAAUUUUGUCAGUUUGCAUAUGAUUUAUGCAUACAAGGCUGCUUAGCUUUCGUUGAGCUAUUUUGGCUGUUACCUUUUUUUAUAAGGUAAGUGGUAGAAGUGUGUUUCUCAGCCAUCUAAAGGCCCAAGAAUCUUCUCCCUCAAUCAAGAUCGUUCAUCUUAUCCUUCUGAGAUCACUAGGAAGAUUAUUAUUAUUAUUAAAAUAAAACAAUAUCCGAAGUAAGAACAAUUUAACUCGGGCUUCAGAGAAUCUCUGUCAGCUCUCUGGUGGGAGUCAUAAAAGAGCAGUUCAGUGUAUUCAAGAAUACACAGUAUUGGCGGGGUGUUUGUUUGAUUUUCUUUGAAGGGGCUUCAGUAUUUCUUGUAGUUCAGGGAGAAUGGCUAUGGUGGUACAGCAGCACAGGGAGAGUAGCAGUGGGAGCAUUAGCAAGCAUCUUGAUGCCGGAAAGUAUGUCCGGUACACGGCGGAGCAGGUGGAGGCCUUGGAGAGGGUGUAUGCUGAGUGCCCCAAACCCAGCUCUUUGCGCCGGCAGCAGUUGAUCCGGGAAUGCCCUAUUCUUUCAAACAUUGAGCCUAAACAGAUCAAAGUAUGGUUCCAAAACCGCAGGUGUCGAGAGAAGCAGCGGAAAGAAUCUACCAGACUGCAGAGUGUGAACAGAAAAUUGACUGCUAUGAACAAGCUACUGAUGGAGGAAAAUGAUCGUCUCCAGAAGCAGGUGUCGCAGCUGGUAUGCGAGAAUGGGUACAUGCGACAACAGCUACACACUGCAGCUGCUCCUACCAAUGAUGCAAGUUGUGAGUCAGCGGUCACUACCCCUCAACAUUCUCUCAGAGAUGCUAAUAACCCUGCUGGACUCCUCUCAAUUGCGGAGGAGACCUUGGCAGAGUUCCUUUCCAAGGCUACAGGAACUGCUGUCGAUUGGGUCCAGAUGCCUGGGAUGAAGCCUGGUCCGGGUUCGGUUGGGAUCUUUGCCAUUUCACAAAGUUGUAGUGGAGUGGCAGCUCGAGCCUGCGGUCUUGUAAGUUUAGAACCUUCAAAGAUUGCAGAGAUCCUUAAAGAUCGUUCAUCUUGGUUCCGUGACUGUCGGAGCCUUGAGGUUUUCACUAUGUUUCCUGCCGGAAAUGGAGGAACAAUCGAACUGUUGUAUACACAGACAUAUGCCCCAACUACUUUGGCUCCUGCUCGUGAUUUUUGGACUUUGAGAUACACGACGACCUUGGAAAAUGGCAGUCUUGUGGUAUGCGAGAGGUCGCUUUCUGGUACCGGAGCUGGCCCGAAAGCAGCUGCUGCUUUGCAGUUUGUGAGAGCUGAAAUGCUUCCAUCAGGAUAUUUGAUCCGGCCAUAUGAGGGUGGCGGGUCCAUCAUUCACAUUGUAGAUCACCUUAAUCUGGAGGCAUGGAGCGUGCCGGAGGUGCUACGGCCACUUUAUGAAUCUUCAAAAGUCGUGGCACAGAAAACGACUAUUGCUGCACUAAAAUAUAUCCGGCAGAUAGCCCAGGAGACGAGUGGUGAGGUAGUAUAUGGUCUUGGCAGGCAGCCAGCUGUUCUUCGGACUUUUAGCCAGAGGUUAAGCAGGGGCUUUAAUGAUGCUAUUAACGGGUUCAAUGAUGAUGGAUGGUCAAUAUUGAACUGCGAUGGAGCUGAAGAUGUAGUAGUCGCCAUCAAUUCAGCUAAGAGCGUGACUGCUAGUUCAGAUACUCUAUCGGUGCUCGGAGGUGUUCUCUGUGCAAAAGCAUCUAUGCUGAUUCAGAACGUUCCGCCAGCAGUGCUGGUUCGCUUUCUAAGGGAGCACCGAUCGGAGUGGGCAGACUUCAAUGUUGAUGCCUAUGCUGCCGCAGCUUUGAAAAACACGUACGCAUAUCCCGGAAUGAGGCCUACUAGAUUUACAGGAAGCCAAAUUAUCAUGCCACUGGGUCACACGAUUGAACAUGAAGAGAUGCUUGAAGUUAUUCGGUUGGAAGGACACUCACUCAGUCAUGAAGAUGCUUUUAUGUCGAGGGACAUUCAUCUUCUACAGAUGUGCAGUGGAAUUGAUGAAAAUGCAGUCGGGGCCUGUUCCGAGCUCAUUUUUGCACCAAUCGAUGAGAUGUUUCCAGAUGAUGCGCAGUUGCUGCCUUCUGGUUUUCGUUUAAUUCCACUCGACUCAAAGCCAGGUGAUUUCCAGGACUCCUUGACUUCACAUAAAACACUAGAUUUGACGUCAAGCCUGGAAGUUGGUCCUGCGACGAGCAAUAACGGAAAAAAUGCGGCAGCAUCUUGCAGUGCACGAUCGAUACUGACUAUUGCCUUCCAGUUCCCAUUUGAGAAUAAUUUACAGGAAAAUGUAGCUACGAUGGCCCGCCAAUAUGUUCGCAGUGUGAUUUCCUCUGUGCAGAGGGUCGCGAUGGCCAUAUCUCCAUCGGGAUUGAGCCCUACGGUUGGUUCAAAACUUUCUCCAGCUUCUCCUGAAGCUCUGACCCUCGCCCAUUGGAUCUGCCAAAGCUAUAGCUACCAUACUGGAGCCGAGUUGCUUAGGUCUGAUGCUUCGAGUAGUGAAGCAGUGUUGAAAACACUUUGGCAUCACCAAGAUGCCGUUUUAUGCUGCUCAUUGAAGGAUGUCCCUGUUUUCACAUUUGCGAACCAGGCUGGGCUGGACAUGCUGGAGACUACGCUAGUUGCUUUGCAAGACAUCACUUUAGAGAAGAUAUUCGACGACGCUGGACACAAGGCUUUGUUCUCGGAAUUCGCCAAGAUCAUGCAACAGGGAUUCACUCACUUGCCUGGCGGCAUCUGCAUGUCGACAAUGGGAAGGCACGUCUCAUACGAACAAGCCAUCGUGUGGAAAGUUUUCGCAGGAGAAGAAACGACAGUCCACUGCUUAGCUUUCUCCUUUGUGAACUGGUCCUUUGUGUAAAUGGAUGCUCGUGUGAAUUGAGGAGAGUUGUCUUCUUGGAAAAGGUGGUCGUUUAUUAUCGUCGGUGAAGGGUUUGGAGGAAGAAGCUAGUAGGUUUCCCAUGUCUGCAUCUUUCGUUGAUCCAAUCUAAUUCUUUUGGUGCUUUUGAGAUUUUCGAUCCUCCUAUGUACAUGCUGCUGUCGAAACCUUCACAAUCUAUGCAAGAAGUUCUUCACUUCAGAAUCAGCAAUC